AUGGCGGCUGCAAAGCAAGUAUUCUGUGAUGUUUGUGAAGUAAGCUUACCCUCAGGUAAGAUAGACUUAUAAUGAGAAGUUCAAAGAGCUGAGUAGACGUUUAAAGUUACAUUGCUGGGCGUAACUCAAAAGUCACCGUAUUUCUGAGAAUACAUAUCUGUAUCUUGAAACCUGAUAUACCAUAAGCAAGGGCUGUGAAACGUAAUUCGUACGUAAGAACUGCCAGCCUUAUUAGUAUACUAUUCCCUUCAUUUCCCACUCUUUUUUAAUUUCAGCUGUAAAGAAUCUUAACUUGUGAAUUGACUAUACAUUACACCGUUAAUUGUCCAUUUGGCGAAACUACAGAAUACAUCAGAGAAGUCUAGAAUUAAGUUGAAAUAAGACUAAUUCCGAUCCUAGUUGCAGCUCUUGUCACCCGCAAUAAUUAUUGUGCGGUAAAUCUCAGCUGAUAACGGUUUGUUCUCAGACCUCAUUUAUGUGAAGAAAACUUGUCCCCGGUGGAAGAAUCACUCACCAGCUACCCCCAGGCAAGCCAACGUUUCCAACAUUUCCUUAUAAAACUUGGCAAACCAUGAGAAACAAGAGAAACGAAACAAAAAACAUGAGAAACAAAAAGUUGGCUGGGCAAGAAGGGGGACCUGCCUAGCUUGGUUUUCCUUUUUAAUGUUAAGGUCGUCCCUCUAGCUGGGUCAACUUUUCUCCAUUUUUUCUGUAAGGCCAACUAGGACUUAGCCUGCAAAGGAAUGGGUGCUGAAAAAAUGGGGCACACAAGGGAGACACAUAAGGUGAGAGGUAGCGCCUGCCUGAGAGGCCCAUGAAAAUUAUUUUUACUUGCUUUUUGAGAGUGCGGAAAAUUCCUAUUGGUUAAGAGGCUCCUGAGGGGAUGAGUGUUCGCGUUAGGCAAGAAAACUGUGAAUCACUCCCUCUCCUCACUUAUGUCUCCCUCACAUGCUCCAUUCUUUUUUUGCACCCAUUUCUUCCAAGUGCCUGCUACACAGGCUAACUCAGGCUAGGCAAGAGAAUCAGAGUAUGUAUUAGUGCUGUUUUAGUUAAUCAGAGUAUGGGCAAGCACUGUUCGCUCGUGCAUAGGGGUUACCAUUUUUUUCAUAUAAACGCACGCUAAAGUUGACUUGGCCGGGAGGGUGCCCUCUUUCCAGGGACAACUUGUCUCCAUAUAAAAAGGCCCUCAGACGCAUUCUUUUUUAAUUGCAGGAUCAUUGCUUCCAACCCAUAUUAAAGGGAAAAAGCAUCAAAGAUUGUUAAACUUGAGACAAGAGCGAGAAAAGUCAUGUAAGAAAAGCAUUUAUGUCCGUGGUUUUCAAAAUUCAGGCUCAGUUGAAGAGGAGUUGACUGACUAUUUCAGCACAUAUGGAAAAGUCUCAAACAUUUUUGUGGACAAAGACAAGGUAGAUUUUUCCUUGCAUUUUAGUGGAUCAAUUUAGUCAAUAAAUUCAGAUUUACCGGUAUAAUAUUCAUUCCCACUUUUCGGAUUUUAAAAUGUUCAUGUUCACAUUUUUUUUUUGAUAUUGUGUGUAAUUUUCUAAAUGUUUUAUUUUUUAUUCAUGGAAAUAUAAAUAUACCACUGACAUUUUUUUUAGCCUUCUCCCUUUUUAGGCCCCCUUCUUUCAUCACUCUCCUCUUAAGUUCAAGUUUGCAGUAAGCUCCUCUUUUAGUUAAUCCUGGUGUAAGUCCCUUCCUAGUUGAGCUAUUUUGAAAAAAUAGCUCAUAUGUCAGUGGUGUGAGCGUAUGUAUCUUUGUGGCUUUGUAACUUUGUAUUUUUGUAACUUUGUAUGUUCGGAUGUUUGUUGCAAGAGCCAAUAAGGUUGAAGGUACUAUUAGUUGAUGCUUAGGAACCAAUGAGAUCUUAGCAUCUACUUAAACAUGACAUUGGUAAAGGUCGAACAAGGGCACUUUGAGACCGCCAUCUUUAUUCUUCACAAUUUUUUCGUCUUUUAUUACGGCUACAGGUGUUUGGAAACAUUAUAUUAAAUAUCUUCAUUAUUCAAACGCUGUGUACAGUGAUGCAGCUGUUUAAGGGUUCAUAUUUUAGUGUUGAAGCUACUUCAAGACAUUUCUGACCGAAUUCGGCUAUCGUUAACGGUAUUAACGCACGUAUUUAUGAGUUGUGUUUCACGUGCUUCAAGGUAGAGUAUAAAAGAUCGUAUAUUUUCAAAGCUCUUCCAAUGAAGCAAUAAUUGAUAUUUAGAUAUAGACUUUUAUUCGAAAGUAUGCGCCCUAUAAAAUGUGGUUUUAGAAGUUUAAAAGGCAGCUUAUUUUUUUGAAAGCUGUAUCGAGUAUUGUUAAUCCUGUAAACAAGCUUUAAAAAUAUUAUUCUCUCGCUUACAAAGUUCAACCGACCUUUUUCGUUCUAUUUAGUAAAGAUGCGUAACUUAAGUAGAAACAGUGGCGUUAGGGAAUAAAAUUGGAGGAAGCUAGUUGACACAAUAAUCAUGAUAUAAGUAGAAAUAUAUUUCGGCAGUUUGAUAAUUUUCUUGGAAGUUAAUAAAUGUUAGGCUAUCAACCUUGACCUUGCAUGAAACAUAAUUUAAUUGCAGAUGUUGUAGUAAAGCCGAGGUGAUUUCUUAAAAUCGUUUAAGAAAAUUUUGUAACAUCUUCACAUGCAAAUUGUGUGCAUGAGUUAUUUUUAUAAUUCUGUUUACUAGAUUACUGUGUGAUAACUCGAAUUCCCUCACGUACGAACGACGAAAGGGGGCAAAGUCCGACACUUUCACGUGCCAGCUGUGUGACUGUACAUCACAUGCAGAUUGGCUUUUCACAAUAAUAAUAGUAACUUGGACGUAUGAAGACCUGUUUCAUUUAGUAACCAAUGCCUUAAAAAAGGCUCUUGUCUUUUAGGAAGCAAUAGCUUUUAAAACAUGACGAAAUAAGUUGUCGGAGUUAAAGACCGUUUCACAAAAUUUUGUUAAUAAAUGUUAGGUUAUCAACCUUGACGUUGCAUGAAACAUAAUUUAAUUGCAGAUGUUAUAAUGAAGCCGAGGUGAUUUCUUAAAAUCGUUUGAGAAAAUUUUGUAGUGAAGAAUUUGCCUUUUUUUAACGUACGAAUUGUAAAAGGGCCAAAGACCAACACCUUCACGUGCAAAUUGUGUGCGUGAGUUAUUUUUAUAAUUCUGUUUACUCAGCUAGUUUACUGUGUGAUAACUCGAAUUCCCUCACGUACGAACGACGAAAGGGGGCAAAGUCCAACACUUUCACGAGCCAGCUGUGUGACUGUACAUCUCAUGCAGAUUGGCUUUUCACAAUGAUAAAUAGUAACUUGGACGUAUGAAGACCUGUUUCGUUUUGUAACCAAUGCCUUAAAAAAGGCUCUUGUCUUCUGAGAAGCAAUAGCUUUUAAAACAUGAAGAAAUAAGUUGUCGGAGUUAAAGACUGUUUCACUGAGUAGAAUCGCAUGUGAAAACCUUGUGAAUUAUGAUGAUGCAACCAUCUACCACAAUGAUAAAAAUCCUGGUAUUUCGUAACUAUUCAGUAUUCGAUGAGUCACAUUUUGGCUUAAGAAACUCCGAGGAAACCUUAGAGUUUUCCUUCUAAUCAACGUUUGGUGAGUAGAAAUUUAUUUCACUUUAACGAUUUGUUUAACUUGCACCAGAUGUAACAGGGAAAGACAGAGGAAAGUGAAUAUAUAGCUUGAGGAUCGACUCAGCUGAGCGUUUCGCGUUUUCAUUUUGUACCGCAAUACGCAAUUUCACACAAAAACCUAAUCUACAUUUAGGAUGAAAGAGGUAGAUUGAUCACUCUUGGUAAGGUUACACCGAAGCAUUAAAGUUACACUGAAGCAUUCAAAAUAGCUCAUGCACGUUUAACGUGCCUAUGUUCUCCUAUGCAGCUGCUUUCCUCCCUUGGAGGGGAUUGGUACAUAAUGAAACAAAACAGGUGCAUUGGAGACUAGUCUCCACCUGAGGUAAAUAAGUCCCCCAGGUGUUAACAAUAUUAUUUAUUUAAGGUAAAUAUAAUCUCCUUUUUAUUACCAGGGUGUCUUUGCUAUAGUAGAGUUUGCUGAUGAAAAAAGUGUGACCAGUGUACUUCAGCAGGAGUCACUGCCUCUCUUAAAUGAAAAUCGUUUAACAGUGAAAGAAAGAACAGUAAACAAAGCCAAUCUUGAGUACAAGACACAAAAAAUGAAGAAAAGCAAACCUGAUGGCUCACAGCAUCAUCUGCAUAGACUAUCACAAAACCAAGAAAUAGCAGAAUUUGUGCCAGAGGAACUUGUGAAUAAAAUCAAGUCAUCUGUUAGCACAGUAGGUUUACAAUGAGGUUUAACUCCUUAACUCAAGAAGUGCCCAGAGUUAAAAUCUUCCAAAACAUUCCUAAUUUCAUUUUGUGAAAUGAUGAAAAAACAGGUAGUUCUAUGUGAAUAAACUGCUGAAGAGGUUUCAUUCGAAUGGGAUCAUACCAUAGGAUUUAUCCACCACAAACUCAAAAGUUAGAAUCAGGGCACUUUUCAUUUUUCAGAAAUGGCCAGCCUGACCGUUCCUGUCAUCAUGAGAAUCUCACUAAAUCAAUCAGAACAUGUGUAGCCAGAUCAGUCAAAUCCUGAACAAUAUGCAUGUGGUUGAUGGGAUUUUUAGUGAAAACUCUUUAAAACACCUAUUUCAUUUUCAAAAUGAUAAGUCUGGCCGGUCAGUUCCGACUUUUGGAAAUUACCCUUCGUCAUCCACUUUAGGAGUGAAAAAGUUAAUUUAUUGUUCAUUGUAAUCACAUUCACAGUACUAUGCAAAUCUCCAGCUACAAAAAUGAUAGUCCUAAGACUUUCAGUCUGGUCAUCUUGUCUGACUGAUGGUGGGUAGGAUUUCAUUCAACAAAUUAUAGCUGGUGCAACAAACCCAAAAGCUAGCAGUGCAACUAAAGCUUAUAAUUCCCUCUUAAGCCUCUUCUUACUGUGCCUUGGUGUUUCCUUACAGGUUCAAGAACAAGCGCACUUGUUAAUGCAAAAAUUGUGUCUGACUGAAGAAGAUAUUAAGUUGCGAAAACUGGUCUGCCAACUGUUGCAAGAAGUAUUUUAUGAGGUUUACCCUGAAGCAUCAGUCGUGCCAUUUGGCUCCACAGUCAGUGGAGUUGGCUGGGAAGGAAGUGACCUGGAUGUUUGUUUACUGACACCUUCUCAACAAGAUGACGCUGCUAUAGACUACUCUUUGGUCAUUGAUGUGCUGCGUAGUUUUGCCCCAGGUUGCAUAAACAUUAUACCUGUCUUGACUGCAAAGUGUCCACUUAUUAAAUUCACACAUCGGCCGUCAGGCCUGUCUUGUGACCUUUCAGUUAAUAACAGGUACUGUUAAGAGGAAGGGUGUUACUUUUGCGUGGAAGGAUCAGUUUGCAAAUUAUUUUAACAUGUUAGUCCAUGUUUUGUGACCUAUCCUUUUUGUUCCCUUUCUUGCAGGCUUGGUGUGGCAAACUCGGAUCUCCUCCGUUGCUACAUGUCUCUUGAUCCAAGGGUUCCUCAGCUGGUGUUUAUAGUGAGAGCCUGGGCAAGAGCCAAAGGUCUUACCCUUGGUAAACAGUUGUCAAACUAUGCCUUGACCCUCAUGGUGCUGUAUUUCCUGCAGAUGCGAACUCCGCCUGUGAUCCCAUCUCUUCAACAAGGAUUUGACAGUUGGGUUGAAGAGCUGUCAUGUCUGCAUAAUACAGAUGACAAUAACCAUCACAGCCUGGUCAUUAAACAGCUUGAGUCUGAUGUCAUUGAUGGCUGGGAAUGUUCUUUUUUCAAAAACACUCACAGACUUUCCAUGNCAAAAGCUAGCAGUGCAACUAAAGCUUAUAAUUCCCUCUUAAGCCUCUUCUUACUGUGCCUUGGUGUUUCCUUACAGGUUCAAGAACAAGCGCACUUGUUAAUGCAAAAAUUGUGUCUGACUGAAGAAGAUAUUAAGUUGCGAAAACUGGUCUGCCAACUGUUGCAAGAAGUAUUUUAUGAGGUUUACCCUGAAGCAUCAGUCGUGCCAUUUGGCUCCACAGUCAGUGGAGUUGGCUGGGAAGGAAGUGACCUGGAUGUUUGUUUACUGACACCUUCUCAACAAGAUGACGCUGCUAUAGACUACUCUUUGGUCAUUGAUGUGCUGCGUAGUUUUGCCCCAGGUUGCAUAAACAUUAUACCUGUCUUGACUGCAAAGUGUCCACUUAUUAAAUUCACACAUCGGCCGUCAGGCCUGUCUUGUGACCUUUCAGUUAAUAACAGGUACUGUUAAGAGGAAGGGUGUUACUUUUGCGUGGAAGGAUCAGUUUGCAAAUUAUUUUAACAUGUUAGUCCAUGUUUUGUGACCUAUCCUUUUUGUUCCCUUUCUUGCAGGCUUGGUGUGGCAAACUCGGAUCUCCUCCGUUGCUACAUGUCUCUUGAUCCAAGGGUUCCUCAGCUGGUGUUUAUAGUGAGAGCCUGGGCAAGAGCCAAAGGUCUUACCCUUGGUAAACAGUUGUCAAACUAUGCCUUGACCCUCAUGGUGCUGUAUUUCCUGCAGAUGCGAACUCCGCCUGUGAUCCCAUCUCUUCAACAAGGAUUUGACAGUUGGGUUGAAGAGCUGUCAUGUCUGCAUAAUACAGAUGACAAUAACCAUCACAGCCUGGUCAUUAAACAGCUUGAGUCUGAUGUCAUUGAUGGCUGGGAAUGUUCUUUUUUCAAAAACACUCACAGACUUUCCAUGUCACGGAAUGAUACAAGUCUGAGUAAGUAUGGCUGUUUAGGCAGCUUUCCCCUUAUUUUGUUACAAAGUUGUUUUGAUACAAGUCGUCGUCCUAUGUAAGGUAAUUUUGGAUUUUGGGGAUUUUUGCCUGUGGAAUCUAGAAUCCUGGGCUUUGGAAUCCAGAUUUCAGCUAACGGAAUCAGGAAUUCCACUAAUGAUUGGUAUUCGGAAUCCAAGUUCCACCGACAAGGAAUCCUGAAACCAGUUCAUGGAAUCCAUAAUCCAAGACCAUCUUGGAUAGUUACCAGUUGUUGGAAUACAAAGUUGUAUCGAUACAAGUUUAUUCAUUCAAGGUGUAAAUAGUUCCACGUACUUGGCUUAAAGAACUAAGAUAUUCACCGAAAUUGUUCUUUUGUUUACCCACAAACUAUACUUGAAGUGAACAAAAUUUCAAAUUUAGUUUGUAUCAAAACGACUGGUUUCCCCUUGGAUUACCUUACAUGUGACAAAAGUCGAUUCAGUUGAGGUUUAAUAAUUUCACGUAGUUGGUUUAUAAUGAGGAAUUUUCACGUCAUAAAAGUGAUCGAAAAUAUCCCUGCAGUUCAACCCCCUUCCUCACUCUGGUAUCCCCCACUUCCUGGUGUUUCGCUUCUUAAAAAGUCAUAUCUAUCGAAUCAGAAGCACAGGUUUCAUAUAGUCUACUCUGCAAGCAUUCCUAGUGAUCACACUUAGAGGGGGGGCGGGGGACGAGGGACGGGGGUCAGGGGUGGGCACCAGAAAUCCUUGUUAAUUAGAUAGAGAUUUCAUGAUCUGAGGAAUUUUUAUUUAAUUCACCUACAAGUAAACUUGCUUACAGGAAAUUACUUCGCGCGUGCUGAUUGAUUCGCUAUCUAAAACAAAACGCUCAAUUUAUUAUAGAACGAGAAAUCCAGCCAUUUGCGUUUGCUUCGGUAAUGCAAAGCGCAGGUAUUCGUUCAUGAACAAUUCAAAUAGUUUUUGGUUCUUUCUGUUGGCUCUUCUCGCGAAAGGGGGUGCAACAGUCUGUAGAUCAAAGAUAGCCUUCAUUUUCAGUUUGGCGGGUUAUUUAGCAGCGACUACCUCUGCGAUCGCUUUUUUCGGUUUCUCGUUAUUCAACAAGAGUAGUCUGCCACACAGCCGUUUUUAGUGUCGUCACGCAACGCUCCGUGACGACUCUCUCUCAUUUAGAGUCACCUUAUGACAAACGCAAAUUUGUGCCACGUGACCAAGUUUUCCCUUUACUCGUCUACUCUUCUUUACUUCUACAAAAAAUAAUAAGUAGUUUCACGUUAUUUUCAUCCACAAGAAUUGUUUUAGACUGUUUUUAUCUGCUCAUUUUCUAGUUUUAUAAAUUUUCAACUUGAGUUUGCCGUAAACGUUACUCUAAAUCUCUAUCAUUCAGAUUGGGUUUGACGCAAGAUAGCCCCCAUUCUAAUUCCUCAUGAUUUAUUCUUCGACUUUCUAAAGUAAGCGACAGCUUCUACGAGAAGCACUCUUUUUAUCGUCACUUCUAACGCUACAAAAUCAGAAAAGUCUUUUCGAAAUCUACCGAUAAUUUAAUACAGGAAGUCGUAAUCAAGGAAAAUAUCUGUCGUAAUGAGACAUUCUAACGUUUUGUACGUUUGAGCCAAAUAACAAAGGGCGUUCGAUCACUUUUUAGCAGUCGAGAAAGAGUGUAACGUUUUUGUGGAAACAGUUCUGCAUGUGACUAAUCUUUUACUUGUGUGUUCUGUUAUUUUCGUCUGUGGCUUUGUGAGGAUUACUAAAGCACUAGAAUUUCAAACUUUUUGUCAGCAUUACUGGUUAUUGCUUUUGUUUAUUUGGUGGCUCCUAAAGGAGCCGUUUGUUUUAUGAAAAGUCAAUGCACUUAUGCUCGUUCUCCUCGGAUUCGACGGGCCAGCUGAAUGUCCUUGGGCAUGAUGGUGACACGCUUGGCGUGGAUGGCGCACAAGUUGGUGUCUUCAAACAGACCAACAAGGUAAGCCUCGCUAGCCUCUUGAAGAGCCAUCACAGCAGAGCUCUGGAAGCGCAGAUCGGUCUUGAAAUCUUGAGCGAUUUCUCGCACAAGACGCUGGAAGGGUAG